GUAUGUCGAAACGUUUGGGUCGGAACAGGUAAAUUGCGAAAAUCAAAAGCGCAACACAGCUGAAGUUUCCUUUCCUUUGGCCUGGAGAACAUUCCUGGUUGAACUGAGUCCAGAUUUCAAUGGCUUCGCAGCAGGAGACAGAGACAUCCCAGUUUGAUCACACUCCGCUUUACUGCGAGGAGAAUGUGUACAGGCUUUGCAAGAAAUUAAGUUCAACUGGGGUUGCAGAUACAGAGGCUUCUGAUCUUUUUGUUGUUUUUAUAUCUAAUGAUAAGAAACAAAUUCCACUUUGGCAUCAGAAGGCCAGCCAUAGGGCUGAUGGGGUUAUUCUCUGGGACUACCAUGUAAUCUGCAUACAGAAAAAAGAAAAUGAAAAGCCUCCGCUAGUAUGGGAUCUGGAUUCUACUCUUCCAUUUCCUUCUCCUCUAGCAUCAUACGUUGCAGAAACUUUUCGUCCAUCAUUUCCGCUCUUUUCUGAGUUUCGAAGAUUUUAUCGAAUUGUACAUGCUCCCAUAUUUUUCCGCUGUUUUGCUUCUGAUAGAAGACACAUGAAGGAUUCUGAUGGGAAUUGGAAUGCCCAACCGCCUCCAUAUGAUCCAAUAAUUGCUGAAGAUGGAACAGUGCAUAACCUGAAUGAGUACAUGGAAAUUCGCAGCGUUGAUGCUGUACCUAUUAUAGAAGCUGAUUUGGUAAAUGCUGUAAAAAAUGAACAGCUCGGCGUGGUGGUAAAUGAAAAACAGAUUGAAGAAUUCUUCACUCUUCCUACAUGAGCAAUUACGUGGUGUGCCAUUCCCUUCUGAAGCUUGUACGGUGUUUAUUAUGAUGUAUGUGUCUGUCGUGAUAGACUUCUAGUUUUUGAAACAUUCACAUUUAGACUUGUUAAUUCCUAAAUCCGUCCGGAUUUAAAUGUCAGACUUGUCGCGUGCUAGUUCAAAUUACACUUGACAAUUAAUACUGGAAGUACGGUGUGUUAACAGAGCUGCUACAUUUUUUGGGAGAGGAGAGGACUGGUUGUGGAAUUAUUUGGUGUCUUUUUGGGACUUCCAAGAUUUGUAAUUGCAGUCAUCUAUGUAAGAGGAGCAUCGGAAGCGUGAUAUACACAUAGAGGAGUGUAGUUACAAAUCCUGGGAUGAAUCAGUUUGCCUGAAUAGAACCACUUCUGAGUUCUGACCGUCUUCUGGUAGCUGACUGAAAGUUAACUGUGUAAUGUGUUAAAUCAACUCUAUGUUUCACUUUGUAACGCAUGUUUUGGGUACAAUUGAAAAUUUUAUUGUGAUACUGAUUACUUGAGAAAUUCCACAUGGAAUCGGACAUUUUGACAUGUUA